AUGAUUUAUAUAGAUACAAAUGUAUAUGCUGGUUCAGCCGGUUCCAUUAAAUAGUGGUUGCUGUGAUUGUUUAUUGCAUUGAAAUGUGUCUGACACUCUGGAAACCUGCCUGUGAGGUUUUGGUGACGUGUGCACACCGCGCGCCUGUCAGCCAGAUUACCACUACACCGGGCGCGCUUCGCCUGCGCCGAGAAUAGACCAGGUUGGAGCUGGCGGGCUUUCAGCGCACCUUCCGCGCAGUGUUUUGGCACGAAAUUACCACUGCGCGGGGUGCGCCACGCUCCGCCACCCUGCGCUGCGCCACGAAAUUAGAGCCCUUCAUGGUGGUGGUGGUGGUGUGAGGAGAUAUACCAGUAUGUAAACACCACUGAAGCUGGAGGCGUUGGUCAUACGACUGAAAGCUUUUUUGGAGGGCCAAUCAGACCAGCAUCCACAACAGAAAAGAAAAAACAGUCAUAUGCUUAUCAGCUCGGUAAAAUCAAUAACGUAGAGCUAACGCUGAAUCCUCCUCUAGACCUAGCCCACUCUUCAAAGCCCCCUCCUCUAGCACACAAAUCUGACUUUAAAUUCAUGGAACACUUUAGCAACACUUAACAACAUGAAAACAAAAAGAUGAGUGCAGUGUUAGAUGGCCAAUGCAAUGCUGUUAUAAUAAUAAUAAUAAUAAUAACAAUAAUAAUAUCCUUCUCUCUAGAUAUCAACCUCUCAAACAUUAUCUGGAUCAUUUAAAACAACAUGACUACUAGCUGUCAUUGGGGCGUCGCUGUUGGCCAACUGGUCUCCUGUUUGCACCACGUUGAUCCCAUUUCAUAAAAAUUCAGACCGUCUCUGAAUCAGCGGGUUUGAUUUUGGUGAUAUGAGUAUAAAAAACACAACUGUUAUGUUCCCAAACAUUACAGAUGUGAAACGCUGCUGUUGAGACGUUCCUGGAAAGUCACACCCAUUCUUCAUUCUUAGAUAUUCUUACAGUAGAAGCAGCGUUGCUGUGCAUUCCCCGUUUCCACCACAGCUGUUCUGUCUCUUUAUAUGUAUGACAGUGCAUGUCAAUGUCAGCACCGUCCCUUUAUUUCUGAUCUUGUGAUAAUUCGUCUUUGCUUGUUUAACAUGUACGUUUCUGUAGAAAUGUUGCUGUUGUUCUUGUUGUAAAGCACUUGUUACUAAAUUAGAGUAAAUCAAUACAACUAAAUAUGCAACAGACCUCUGAAAACAGAAAACAUUUCACAGGUUAAGACGUUCAUGCAGAAUGAAUUUAAAUCUGACAUAUUUCGCUGUGUUGACUUGGUCCACCUUUCUUUAGUAACAAUAAUCUACUUUGUCUUGACUGAUGUGCUCCUUUAUUUUAAUGCUUUGAAUUAUUAGCUCAAAUAUUUCAGAUGACUCUGGCUAUGUUCAAACUAUUUAACUCAGGUUUGUUUUUAAAAAUCGAUUUUUAUCAAGCUUUGUGCUCUACCUUUGUAAUUUAAUGUUAUUCUACUUAAAAUCAUCAACUUUUUGUGUAAUUUGUAUAAAUCUGGUGAUUUUAUCAUCUUUUUAAAUGUGCUUUUGUAAUAUUGGCUUCUUCAUUGGCCUUUAAACAUGUUUUAAUCUCAGUGAACCUUCCUGGUUAAAUAAAUGAAUACAAAUGUAAAAGAUGAAUCCUGACAGGCCGUUUUUUCUUAAUCCAUACUUCAACAUGUGAUUUGUGAGUUUGCUCAGAAUGUUUUUUUGAACCAUCAGAAAGUUCAGGACAGUAUUUAGAGUGGUAUUUUCUUUUCUAUGGCUGAUUCUGACUGCAUUAGAUCGCUGCAGGAAUUACGUUUUACCAGCAAACCGAAACGUGAGCAUCAGGUUGAUUCCAUCAACACAAGCCUGCAGGUUUCCACAAGGAUUUUCUGAUUACUGCCUAAAUAAACGCCACAGAAAACAGUUUAUGAAACUUACCUGCCAUUUUAUCAAGAGAAUCUCCACUAAUCACAUUCUCUGUGGUCGUUUGUUAGCAGGGUUGCCAAGUCUGCAGUUUGAAUUGGGCUGCUUUUUACCUAAAAAUGUCUCUGGUCUGGAUGAGCUGACCUGUUUGAUGUCAAGUAAAUGAAUAAUAAAACUUCAUCUUUGUUUCUGCUCAAAUCCAACUACGUCAUUGAGCUGAUAAGCUCCAUCCACACCGACCCGCCCUGCUCUCCUUACAGUGGAAGCAGACAGAGACGUCCACGACGGCAGGCUAGCUAGUGACUACAGCGAGGAAGCAUUCUGCUGAACUGACGCUGGCAUUUACAGACUCUGAACAGUACAUAUCGGUGGGAAACGUGACGCUUAAAGGCCAGGAGGAUGUCUGACCAUAAGUUACUUUCAGAAAUUCUGGGAGAUUUGGGAAAAGAGGAAUUCAACAAGUUUAAGUAUUUUCUGCGGCACAGUGGUGAGCUGAAACCAGUCAUCCCCUGGAGUGAACUGGAGCACGCAGACCGGCUGGGUACGGUGAAUAAGAUAAUAGGAACCUACAGCCACCAGUCCUCAGACGUGGUGGAGAAGAUUCUGAGGAUCAUCAACCACAAUGAUCUGGCAGAGAAGCUACAGAGCAGCAGAAGCAGCAUGGGAGCACAAGAUCAGGAACAGUUGGACCACAGUAUAAAAUCUUCAGUGGUGGUUCCCUCAAGUCCUCCUGUGGUGGUUUCUCAGAGUCAUCCACUGGCGGUUUCUCUAAGUCCUCCUGUGGUCACUGGCUCUAUAGAUGAUCAGAAUCCUGACACCUCACACAAAUAUGACAAAAUCGUCUGCAAAGAUCUGAUCCAAUCUGGACCUCCUGCUAUCUACCAGCUGACACCAAAGAAGGACAAAAUUGGAUCAAUAAGAAGACUGACUCUAGGAAAGAGAGAUCCAAACAAGAGCAACAGAACCUUACUGCUCAUUGGUGAAACAGGAACAGGGAAAUCUACCAUGAUCAACGCUCUGGUCAACUACGACCUGGGGGUGGAGUGGGAGGACAACGUCUGCUUUAAGAUCGUAGAGGAGGAGAAGACUCAAAGGAAGAGUGAUGGUCUGAAAUCAGACGUGAUCGUGUACAAGAUCUUUGGUUUUGAAGAUAAAUCUCUGCCCUACUCUCUGACCGUCAUCGAUACUCCAGGAUACGGAGAUACUAGAGGGAUUGAACAUGAUGAAAUAAUCAGGAGAAGAUUGUUGGACCUGUUCCACCAAAAGGAUGAGAUUAAGGAGCUCCAUGCAGUUGGCCUGGUGCUGAAGGCCAGUGAGAACCGUCUGAGUGACCGUCUGAGGUACGUCUUUGAUUCUGUGGUGUCUCUGUUUGGAAACAACAUGGAGAAGAACAUCGUCAUUUUCAUCACUCACUCAUAUGGAAGGAUGCCAGAAAAUGUUCUAAACGCCAUCGAGGCUGCAGACAUUAAAUGUGCCCAAAAUGAGAAGAACCGUCCCGUUCACUUUCUGUUUGAGAACUGCCAACACAAAGAGAAAACCAAGGAAACCAAGGUAGAAUGGGACAUAACGAAGACAGGAAUCAGGAAAUUAGCAGACUUUCUGAGUCAGGCUGAGCCUCAGAACCUGAAGAUGACCUCUGAGGUGUUAAACGCCCGGAUCGGACUCACAACCUGCAUCCAAGACCUUCAAGACAGAACAAAGAUGACGGACCAGAAGAAGAGAGAGAUCGAGGAAGACCUGAGGAAAGCUGAACGAGUCAUGAAGAGCAAUGAGAAGUUCACGGUGGAGGUGGAGGAAGAAUACACAGAAGAAGAAGACGUCAGUGGAGGGAUGUGGGCGCUGGUGUUUUUUGAUGGUGCCCUCUGUUGCACCGUAUGUAAACAGACCUGCCACCAUCCAUGCACCCUUGCCUGGUAUCCCAGCGGCUGUGACGUCAUGAAAGACGGUUUCUGCACUAAAUGUUCAGGGAAAUGUCCGGUAUCCAGCCACGUAAAAGGAAAGAAGAAAUAUGUGCCGAAGAAGAGGAAAGUUCCAAAGACACUUGAAGAUAUGAAACAGAAGUUUGAUGAGGCAAAAGCAGCUCAUGGGCGUCUUUCUGAAGAUCGUAGGAAGCUAAUGGAAGAGUUUCAGGAGGACGAAGGUCGGUGGUUGGACCAGUCCUACCAGCAUGUUCUCAAACUGGAGGAGAUCGCUCUGAACAAGGAUUCCCUGUCCACCCACGUCCAUCUGGACUUCCUGAUUGAGAAGAUGAAGGAGAGAGACGCAGAGAAGGUCAGGAGGCUGGAGGAGAUUAAAGGUCGAGAGAAUGAAGGAACCAGAGCAGGCCUGCGGUACCAGCGAGCAGCUGGGAAAGCAGACAGAGCAGAGACAAAAUCAUGAUGUCUCGGUCUUAUGGCCCCGCCCCCUGGCGAGAAAGAUCAGCUUCCCUCUGUUGAAAACUACAGAGCUGACGGGAGCAAUGUUCGUCACUGAGUAGAGCUGGGCAGUUAAUCAGAGAAUAAUCUAAACCGACAUUUAGAGCCUCUAACUGACGUAAAUCUUCCGUGUCAAUUAUUUCAAUCUUUUCCCCUUUUCUUGGAAAAAUUUGAGUUUUUAAUCGAACCAUUUUCAUUUCAGCUGAUGUGUGUUUAGAUUUCAGAUAUUUAAAUAACUAACCAUAAAUUAUUAAUCUGUUCCUGUCAGCUGAUUGUUCUAAAAUUAUACAAAUAUUCACAGAACAGAGUCAGAGGUUGGGGUUGAAAUAUUGUUCAUUAAUCAUAAUCGAGGUCAGUUAUUUGUGAUUUUGUUUUUUGCCAUAAUCGCCCAGCCCUAUCACUGAGCCAGUUUUAUUUUCAUUUUUUUGCUUCGUAGCUUCAAUUUUGUUUGAAUGUCAUUUGAAAGUCCUGAUAAUGUUGUCAUUAUUGAUGUUGGGUUUAUAUUUCUUGCGCUGUAACUUCAUUCUGAGCUGAUAACAUAAUCAUAUUUGAUGUUUUAUUUUGAAAAAUUCCAGGGUUGGAAUAUUGAUAUGGAUUCUCACUCUACAUGUCUGAGGUCAUGACCCUAAAAACUUGAGACUACUUUACCUUUUUAAGAAAAUUAAAGGGAACCUCUCCUCCAUACUUUGGUAAUUUUUAAGGUUUUAUGUUGAAAAUAAUCCUCACAGGAAACAAGGACAGUAUCUACUAAAGUCUUCAGCCCUCGGAUGUUUGAACCAAAGAGAAACUGAUUUCUACAAAGUAAUGUCAGUUUAAUAAAAUUCUGUUACGUAAAAAUAAGUGACUGUAUAAAUAUUAACCCUUAAAGUGAGUGAAGUAAUUCAACAGAGGUCCAGACAGUUGGUGCUAGUAGUCUCAUGGCUACCAUUACACCAUGAGGGCAAAAGAACAUUGUGAUUGAAAAGUCUAAGUCAGAAACAUCUCCAAGUCUCUGAACAUC